AUGAAUAGUCCACGAAACAUCACAGAAUUUUUUAUGCUGGGACUUUCACAAAACCCCAAGGUCCAAAGAGUUUUAUUUGUGCUCUUUUCUAUAGUCUACCUGGUGUCUGUUGGGGGAAAUGUACUUAUCAUGAGCACCAUUAUGUUUAGCCCCACCUUGGGCUCCCCUAUGUACUUUUUCCUGGCAUGUUUGUCUUUUAUUGACACUUGCUAUUCCUCAUGUAUGACUCCUAAACUCAUUGUUGACUCCACGUAUGAGGGGAGAGUCUUAUCCUUUGAAGGCUGCCUGGCUCAAUUCUUUGUUGCCCAUUUAUUGGGAGGAACUGAGAUCAUCCUGCUGACAGUGAUGGCCUAUGACCGCUACGUGGCCAUCUGCAGGCCCCUGCACUACACGACCAUCAUGACCAGGCAUAUCUGUGCCCUGCUGGUGGGGGUGGCUUGGCUGGGGGGCUUCCUGCAUUCAUUGGUUCAGCUCCUCCUCGUCCUUCAGUUGCCCUUCUGUGGGCCCAACAUGAUCAAUCACUUCGUCUGUGACUUGUACCCUUUGCUGGAACUUGCCUGCACCAACACUUAUGUCAUUGGUCUGCUGGUGGUCGCCAACAGUGGUGUGAUCUGCCUGUUGAACUUCCUCAUGCUGGCUGCCUCCUACAUCGUGAUCCUGCGCACCCUGAGGUCCCACAGUGCAGAGGGGAGACGCAAAGCCCUCUCCACCUGUGGGGCCCACUUCACCGUUGUUGCCUUGUUCUUUGUGCCCUGUAUAUUUAUUUACAUGCGGCCAUCAUCUACUUUGUCCAUUGACAAAAUAGUGGCUGUGUUUUAUUGUAUUCUGACACCCAUGUUCAACCCCCUGAUUUAUACCCUGAGGAAUGCAGAAGUAAAAAAUGCUGUGAAGAAUCUCUGGGCAAAAUGA